AUGUACUCGCUGGUGACGCGCCUACCCGCGCCGCUCAGCCGUCUGGUGACACGAGCGAGCCUGCGCCGCGCCGGCGACGUGUGUCCCCUCCCCGAGUCGAUGCCCGAGCUGCUCUCGCUGGCCGAGGGCGACCGCGAGCAGCUGGCGGCGUCAGUCGCGGCGCACCUGCGGCGCGGUGGCGUGGCGGCGCUGCCCACCGACACUGUGUACGGCCUGGCCGCGCUGGCACAGGACGCCGGUGCCGUGGCCCGUCUGUACACCAUCAAACGGCGCUGCGAGCUGAAACCGAUCGCCAUCUGCGUGUCUCGCCCGGAGGAGAUCGGCCGCUGGGCGCACGUCACCGCCCCGGAGGCGCUGCUGCACGACCUGCUGCCCGGACCGGUGACGCUCGUGUUUCGACGCACGCCGGCGCUCAACGGUGAGCUGAACCCGCACACGGAGCUGGUGGGCGUGCGUGUGCCUGACCAUCCUUUUUUGUUGGACCUAGUAUCGCGCUGCGGCGGACCUCUAGCUCUGACCAGUGCUAAUCUGAGCGGUCGUCCCAGCCCACUGCGUGCGGACGAGUUCUCGGAGCUGCACAACCAGCUCGCCUGUGUGGUGGACGGAGGUACGCUGGGCGACAGUCCGCUGGCCAGGCUAGGCAGUACUGUGGUCGACCUGUCACAGGCAGGCACGUUUCAUAUCGUGCGAGCCGGCAGUGCCGAGUGGGCCACGCGCCGCGUGCUAGAGGACCGCUACGGCUGGAAGGAGCGGCUCUAA